AAAUUUCACAGCAUCCCCAAGACAUUUCCAUGGCAUGUGCAUACAUACAUAUAUGUAAACACAGCCAUUCAUCUAGCUACAUGUAAUUAUAUGGACAUGUGGGUAUGUAUUGAUACACAUAUAUAUAAAGUGAAACGUGUCUGCGUUUUAGAAGAUCUUGACUAAACAUAAAGAUAGAUAUAAACAUGGUGGAUGAGCAUGAUAAAUUGCUACCUGUUGCAAAUGUGGGUCGGAUCAUGAAAAGGAUCCUACCACCCACCGCCAAGAUCUCGAAAGAAGCCAAGGAAACUAUACAAGAGUGUGCAUCGGAGUUCAUAAGUUUUGUUACCGGGGAGGCAUCUGACAAGUGUCAUAAGGAGAACCGCAAGACCGUUAAUGGAGACGACAUCUGUUGGGCUCUCGGGUCGCUAGGGUUUGAUGACUACUCUCAGGCCAUUGCCCGCUACCUGCAUAAGCAUAGGGAGUUUGAGAGGCAUCGAGCAUCGGCAGCUGCGGCCUCCUCUUCAGCAGCGUUAGACGCUUCAAACAAGACAAACAUAGUCAACAGCAACGACGAAGCAACUGCUCGAGAAGCUUCUACUUCUAUCAACUGUAAAGAUCGAUUGUAUUAUCCAAAUACUUCACCACUAGAGUUCAGAUAAAUAUGGAGCAAAAAAGGGGAAAGUUCACACACAAAGCCUUCAUCAGCAUAUAUGUAACCCUAGGUUAUCGAUAUUUUCUGAUCUAAAAACGUCAUUUUCUUUCAAACUCUUGAAUUCUAUGAACAAAUCAAUCGUGAUGGGCCUGUUUAUCUGCGAACUUUGGUAGGUUCACAAUUUCUGGAGACCCAAAAACUGUUUAUGAUUCUCUACACUUUAUUUAAGUCUCUAAUCUCCAGUUCUCUCUC